AUGUCAAACCAGAUUGAAGUAAAGGACAUUGCUGGCUGCCAUAGAUCUGCACUUUUUAUUCAGUUGCAGAAUGAAGAAGAGCCUGGGGACCCGGAGCAGGUGGCAGGUGAUGCUCCUCCACCUUACAGCAGCAUCUCUGCAGAGAGCGCAGCAUAUUUUGACUACAAAGAUGAGACUGGGUUUCCAAAGCCUCCGUCUUACAAUGUGGCUACAACACUGCCUAGUUACGAUGAAGCUGAGAGAUCCAAGGCUGAAGCUGCCAUUCCCUUGGUUCCUGGAAGAGAUGAGGAUUUUGUGGGUCGGGAGGAUUUUGAUGAUGCUGACCAGCUGAGAAUAGGAAAUGAUGGGAUUUUCAUGUUAACUUUUUUCAUGGCAUUCCUCUUCAAUUGGAUUGGAUUUUUCCUGUCUUUUUGCCUGACCACCUCAGCUGCAGGAAGGUAUGGGGCCAUCUCAGGAUUUGGUCUGUCUCUAAUUAAGUGGAUCCUGAUCGUCAGGUUUUCUACCUAUUUCCCUGGAUACUUCGAUGGUCAGUAUUGGCUGUGGUGGGUGUUUCUGGUUUUAGGCUUUCUCCUGUUUCUCAGAGGAUUUAUCAAUUAUGCAAAAGUUCGGAAGAUGCCGGAAUCUUUCUCAAGUCUCCCCAGGACCAGAGUUCUCUUUAUUUAUUAAAGAUGUUUUCUGGCAGACGCCUUCCUGCAUUUAUGAAUUCCCUCUCAAGAAGCAAGAGAACACCUGCAGGAAAUGAAUCAAGAUGCAGAACAGAGAAGUAAUCACCUGCUUUAAAAAAUAAAGUACUGUGGAAAAAGAUCAUUUCUCUCUAUUUGUUCCUAGGUGUAAAAUUUUAAUAGUUAAUGCAGAAUUCUGUAAUCAUUGAAUCAUUAGUGGUUAAUGUUUGAAAACACUUGCAGUCAAGUCUGUGAUGUAGUAAUAAUGCUUUAUGUAUUGUUUGUAGUCAUUUUAAAUAGCAUGAGCCAUGUCCCUGUAGUCAGUAGGGGGCAACCUUGCUUUAUUCAUCCUCCAUCUCAAAAAAAAUGAAUUUGGAAUUAAAGACUUUAGUAUAAGAUAUAAAGCUGGUUAUUUUAAAGGGGUUUUCUCAAAAGUUAAUACUUUCGUUAUGAUUGCAGUUCUGCUCAUAAUCCAUACUUGCUGUUAAAAUUAAUCUAGAAAUUAAUUCUGUUGUACUAUGUGUGAACACCUAGAAGCAAAAUCAUGGUAUGAAAUACAUUAAAAGUGUGGUCAAAACAUACAUUCUUAAUUGGUAAAUAAGCGUUAAUUUUUUAUAGUCUAUAUUGAAAAUUUUACAGUACCUUAUUGUUCUGUGGUGUGUACCUAAGGAAUUCAGAAAGUGUUGUUACUGCAUAAACAGAAGGAACAAAGACAAAUACAGCUUCAUUACUAAAAUGUAAUUCUUGACAGUGUAUAAUUCUUGAUACUCUGUAUAAUUAGAGUCCCAAAAGAUGAGGUAACUAGGAGCAAAGAAAGAAUUAGGUUGGAACUUUUGAGAUGAUCCCUAACAUACUGUACUACUUGCUUUUACAAUGUGUUAGCAGAAGCCGAUGAAUUAGAAGUGUAGAAUGAUGUGCUUUCUGCCCAAGUAGCAGUUCACCUUGGUUUGCUAUAUUAAAACUGUAAAUACAACAGAACAUUAAUAAAUGUCUCUUGUGUAGCACCUUUUACUGUA